CCAGGGCAGAGUAUAAAAAGAUGCUAUGUGGCCUCCAAAUCUGACCACAUAAUUACCACAACUUUAUCUUGUAUUCUCACUAAUUGCCCUGAUCUAAUAAUCUAUUUACCAAAUAUGGCCUCCAAGCCCAAGAUUCUCUUUGUUCUCUCCUCCCAUUCUGCAGGAUGGUAUCUUCCCGAGUUUGCGCACCCGUACCAAGUUCUCACACCUCAUGUCGAGGUGUUUGUAGCCUCGCCUACGGGCACGUCGACGGUUGAUCCUAUUUCAGUAAAGCUCUUCAAGGAUGAUGCAUACUGCCAAGAGUUUUACAACACAAAGCAAGAUCUCUGGACGACCACUGAGAAGCUUUCCUCGUUCUUAGGACGCGCAAAAGACUUUGAUGUUAUUUUUGUCGUCGGAGGAUUUGGACCAAUGUACGAUCUGGCUACGGAUGCUACCUCUAUUCAACUACUACGCGAAUUCCAUGAUGCUGGUCGCAUUAUUGUCGCUCUCUGCCAUGGCUCAGCUGCUUUGGUCAAUGUCAAACUGGCCGAUGGAACACCAAUCCUCGCUGGUCAUCAAGUAACUGGUUUCAGCAACCUUGAGGAGGAGCAGGCAACCGCCAAUGAAAUAGUUCCUCCAGGUAUGCCCUUCAGUCUCGAAGAUGCCCUUAACAAGGCUAGCGGCGACAAAUAUGAAAAGUCAGGCGAGGCUUGGAGUCCACACGUCAUUGUUGACCCAUCUCGAAAAUUGCUUUUUGGACAGAAUCCUGCUAGUGCUCAUCCGUUGGGAGAAAAACUACUGGAAGUUUUAACUCACUAGGGGCCAGGUAGCAGAUAGAUUAUGUUAGUAGGAGCCCUCUUGCUUACCACAAGGGCCAAGAUAUUGACGUUAAAAGUCUGACCAUCAAUUUACAACAAUCACUUACUGUCCACUUAUAAAUUCAU